AAGGUGUAAAUUUUUAAUGAAAAGAGAUCCUAUAAGUAUUUAUAAUGAUAAUCAAACGACAGUAAGCGAAGUUUGUAAUCGCGAUCUUCAGUUACUGAAAAAGGCCAUUUUUCAACAACAACUAUGGGCUUUGAAAAUGUUAGAUGCCUCAUCGAAGAUACCUUCUGGUAUCCUCCAGGGUAAUAUUAUUGAUUUGGGCACGUUUGACGAAUGCAUUGCUAGUCAAGGACAAUUUCAUAAUGUAGAAUUUCACGGUCGUUACUGCAUGUACACUUUUGGCAUAGCCAAUAUUACAACCAUACAAUUGCAUCCGAAACUUUCAAUUUGUGUACCAUCGAGUUGCACGGAGGAUGACAUCAAGAACUUUAUUAACAAUACGAUAAAUUCAAUCGAAAAACUAAAGGAUUUUCAGGUAUCAGUAAAAUCUGUUACUUGCUCAGCAAUCAACCAGAAAAUCUGGAAUUUGGAAUUAAUUGCUUACACAUCCGUUUUUGUAGUAUUUGUGGGAUUCCUAAUCAUCAGUACCAUAUGCGAUAUAUUUCAUUCUAUCAGCUACGAUGGCAAAUCUAAUUCUUCUCUACUUAGACAUCUUACUUCAUUUUCCUUGCGAAGGAGUAUUCAUGGAAUCUUCAGUACUAAUAUCAAGGAAGGCAAUUUAUCAAUUAUAUAUGGUAUACGCUUUCUUAGCAUGGCUUGGGUAAUAAUUGGACACACAUUUUUAACGAAUACUGGUACCGCGGUCGUAAAUAUGAUCGAUGUUUCGAAACUACUAAUAACAUGGGAAUAUAUAUAUGUAUAUACAGCUCCAUUCGCCGUGGAUACAUUUUUCGCUUUAAGUGGAUUAUUAAUGACAUAUAUGUUUUUAAAACAAAUUCGAAAACAAAAGACAUUCAACAUCCCGAUGUAUUAUUUACAUAGAUAUCUUAGGCUAACACCGGCCAUAAUUGCAACUCUUGUUAUUGCAACAAUUUUCGUACCAAAAUUAGCUUCUGGACCACACUGGCAAAUUGCAAGCGGAUCAGUAUGUCGUAAAAAUUGGUGGUACUUUUUGUUUUAUAUACAAAACCUUAUGGGUUCUCAUCAAGAAUGCUUGCAACACUUAUGGUAUGUAGCUGUAGAUAUGCAAUUAUUUAUUAUAUCACCGAUCAUUCUCUAUCCUCUUUAUAAAAAACCGAAAAUUGGUUUGGCAAUUACUGGUUUGUUGUUAAUUAUUUCAUUAGCUGUAACUGCAGCGAUUAUCGCAAUCAAUAGAUAUCCAAUGGCGUCUGUUAAGCUGUCAGAUUUCAGUCCGGAACUUACGGCGAAAAUGUUCUCUGAUGUUUAUAAUAAACCAUAUACUCGAGGAGGACCGUGGCUUAUUGGUAUUUUAUUUGGAUAUGAAAUAGUUAAUAAACAUCGAAGACUGAAUAAGUCAUUUGCUUGGAUCGGAUGGUUUUUCACAACGGGGAUCUUUGCUAUAUGCAUAUUUGGUACAAGAUAUUUCGUCGCAGAAGAUUAUGAGUACGACGUUGUUCUGGAAACAAUAUUUUCUACCGUUUCAAGGCCCUUAUGGGGGUUUGCCAUUUGUUGGCUUAUUUAUGCUAGUACUUAUAACAAUGCAGGUAUCAUAAAAACGAUUUUAUCUUGGAAGGUUUUUAUACCAUUGAGCAGAUUAUCUUACUGUAUGUAUCUUAUACACGCAGUUAUCCAAAAUGCAGAAAAUGCUUUCGCCCGAACUUCUGUAUAUUUCUCACACUAUGGAUUAUGGAACAAUUUCUUUGGAAAUUUAUCGAUGUCUUUUUUAGCAUCAAUUUUUAUUUGUUUACUAUUUGAGUCGCCUACUAUAAUUUUGGAAAGGAUGCUUUUCAGAAGGAAAAGAGAAUCUCAAGCCCAAUUACAGGAUAAUCUUAGAUCGAUUGAUGUUGAAAAUUCUGAGAAAAAAUUUUAAAAAAUUUUGAGAAAU